CCGUUCUGUGUAGUCAAAAACAGGUGGAUCGAUUAUUCAUUACUUGAGUGACUACGUACGUGAAUUUAGUGUCAAAUAACGACAGCCUAGCAACAAGGAAAACUGAGCGUAUAUAUUAGCGAAUCUCGCUUCGCUGAAGAUUGACGUUUAUACUCACGAUAAAGAACAACACAAAAUUUCGUGGCCUCGCUGGUGUUGAAUUUCCACGAAAAGCGUGUCACGGUUUGCCGCACAGGAUUGAUAUCAUAGAAGCAAAGAGCACGGUUAGUACACAUGCAGAUGCGAGGGUUACAAGUACAUGUGUGUAUAAGCUGCGUGUAUUUAAUUUGAGAGCUUGUCUGUCGCGUUUUAUGACUUUCGCUACAAGACACGCUGUCCUUGUAGGUUGAAACAUCGUAAAAAAGCAAUUUUGUCGGUCUGAAAGGGAGCGGAGAUGGCCGUGUCGCUUCAAAUGUCUGAUAUGGAUUCGGAUAUGAAAGCUCUUCGUAACAAGGACCGUAUAAUUUUAAACGUCGGAGGGAUACGGCACGAGACAUUCAAAAGUACGUUAAGAAACUUCCCUGACACACGGCUGGCGUGGAUUACGACGCGGGACAAUUUUUCGGAUUACGACCCGGAGAAAAACGAGUACUUUUUCGACCGUCAUCCGGGCGUUUUUCAACAGAUUAUGAACUUCUAUCGCACGGGCAAACUACAUUGCCCGUCGGACGUAUGUGGGCCGCUCUUUGAAGAAGAGCUGAAUUUUUGGGGCAUAGAUGAAAAACAAAUGGAGCCCUGUUGUUGGUCCACUUACACUUUGCACCGGGAAGCGCAGGAGAAUUUGAGGGUUUUCAACGGGCCGGAUUUUGACGAUUCCGACUCCGAAACGGAGCCGGAGGAAUGGAAAAACGGUGAGACGACGGAGCAACAUCGUAGCAGUAAUACACCAGCAUGGCAAAGAUGGAGAUCAAGGAUAUGGACCGUUUUUGAAGACCACACAGCAUCAAAGCUAUCCAAGGUUUACGUGUGGGUUUCAUUGGUGUUUGUCGUCGUGUCUGUUAUUUCGCUUUGCGCGAAUACAGACUCAAACGUUAAUGGCAAUUCAGUUGGGAAAAAGGUUAUCACAGUCAUAGACUACGUCUGCGGUGUUUGGUUCACGGCCGAGUUCUUAAUAAGAUGUUUCACAUGUCCAAGCAUCUUUGAGUUCUCAAAGCAAUUCUUGAAUUGGAUCGACUUCCUCGCAAUCAUCCCAUUUUACCUAAACAUUGCAAUCGGUGCGAACAUUGUCAGCGAGAUACUGGUGUUAGGGCGCAUGCUUAGAUUACUUCGUUUCUUCAACAAGAUGUCGCUUGGAUUCCAAAUUUUGAAACAUACCCUGGUAGCCAGUUCCAAAGAGAUGUUUCUCCUCCUGCUGCUGGUAAUGAUUCCGGUGCUCAUUUUCGCAGGGAUUUUGCAUCUCUGCGAGAGUGGAGUGACCAACACGAAGUUCAAGUCAAUACCGGAGGCAUUCUGGUGGGCCAUCAUAACCCUUACAACUGUAGGAUAUGGCGAUAUGGCACCAAUGACAACACAAGGGAAAAUAUUUGGCAGCAUAUGUGCAGGUGUGAGCAUGUUAAUUUCCGCGCUGCCAAUCUCAAUUAUUGGAGCAAAUUUCUCUCUUUAUUAUCGCCAUGCUCAGGCAAAAUUGAAAUUGCCGAAGAAACCAAGAAAGGUCCUGAUUGGCGCGGCAAACACUUUGAUACGACGAGACGAGGUGGAGGAAGAGCCAGAAAACUCUGGAAACGAGAGAAAUAGUAGCGACGAUCUGACAACUGAAGUUUAUCUUGGCCCAAAAAGGCCACGACGCGAACGAAUGUCGUUAUUCUGCAACGGCGUCGUGCCACAACGUAACAGCACUCGCAUGCGAAGUCUUGGAGGGGAACAUUUACCGGGUCAAACUAACCACGAUGUCGACGAAACUAACUUCUCCGUGAACAGUCCGGAUAAUCACAAGAGCAGCUUGCUAAGCACAAGUACGAAGAGUACCAUCAUCGAAAGUCCGCCGCCACGUUCUGUAAGCUUCCCAGCCAACCUGCCUGGCAGGGACAGGAAUAAUGCAUUAGAACCAGGAGGUGACGGUGCAAAUGAAAAUAGCGCAUACCGCAAGGACAGCGAGGAUGCCGUAUCGCGAUUGCCCAACGGGAGUGCAAUGCGUUCGUUUAGUGCAGGCAGCAGAAACAAGCGAAAUGGGGUUAUAUACCCGAUGAACGCCCCUCGCGUCACGGUAACAGCGGAUGUCCCAAAUGAGAACGCUCUAUCAGAGGAAACGGAAAAUAAUAACAAAAUCGAGUCAGAACAUAAACUAAAUGUUCCGCCCAGCGAGUACGAUGAAAAUGCGACGAAUGGUCAUGUGACUGCGGACAAUAAGCCACUUACGAUACCCGAAGGAUGACGUAAUCGGAUAGUUUCGGAUAAGGCUUGCAGGAGGCUAUUUGCAUGUUAAACUGUGAUCUUGUGUUAAUCGUUCACAUGCAACUGCAUAUAUAGGUAAAAGCUGUUUAAAAGAUACCGAAGUAAGAUUCAGAUGAAGCUCGAAAAUAGCACAUAUCGUAAGGACAGUGAAGGUGGGAUACUGUGAUUGCCUCCAGGAGAGACGGUGGAAUGAGUCAAAUGGCUACAUGUCGUACGAGAUACGAACACGGAACUGGGUUUUACACUCUACGGACGUUAAAACGUUAUGAUCGAGAGAGGUUAAGACCAAAAGAGGCAUACGCUGGCAAGGCCGAGAAUCGCCUGGGAAAGCACAAGAAAUGGGGAAGCACAAGAAAUGUAAGAUAAUUCCGCACUUUUACGGUAGGACUGAUACAAUCUCAAGGAUUGUGAUUUUUUAAUGGGAUGUGCAACAAAAGAAUAUCUCCACUCGUCGCAUCGAAGAAGGGAAGAAAUGUUUGGUCCAUAAAAAAGGAAAUGCCACAUACCGACCUAAAAACGGUGUCUAUAUAAAAGCUAUCUAGGUACAUGUCAAUGCCGCGUGACGCUAUAUACACUUAAAAAAAAAUACGGCAGAUAAGUUCUGCAAUAUUCUGCAAAACAAGAAACUAGAUCAAGCGAAAGUUUGUUAUUCAUUGCUGUUAAGUAUUAGUCAUUUUAGAAAUAUAAUAACAAACACUAUAGUAAAUGAUAAAAAAAUUGAAUGUAUAGGUGCGUGCAGGGAUUUUUAAUUUUCGCAAAACGUAGGUGGAAAAAAACUAAAAUAGCCUGCAUGCCUAAUGACAAGUGAGAUCAAUAUUUUUAGUCAACUGAUUUUGGAUUUCACCGUUUUAAAAUAAUAAAAUUAACGUUAAAAAACUGUCUGUUUUAUAAAUUAUAUAUCUUCUUCAUUUACAUAAAUUUUAAGUCAUCCAAAUCCUGUCAAUAUUGAAGAUACAUUAAUUAUAGGGACGUUAUAGGUAUUUUAACAGGGCUACCAAAUUAAUGCGAGCCUUUUCACUGUUAACGCAACCAUGCAAACUAUACUUUUAAAUUUUGCAGAUAAUUUUUUUGACAUCUAAAUGUGGGAUUUCUAGUUAUUGCCAUAAUGGUGCUCUAGGACAAAGCUUCUCUAGAUAUAAGGAUUUAUCAUGUGUGUAGCACUUGCUCCUCCUACACGUGCCAGUGAAACCAACCAUCAAUAGUCA